UAAGCCUUUAACUACCUUCUGGUCAAAACUCUUCUGGUCAUCAUGCCUAACGCUCGCGUACUCCGAGACAUCAAGGCGCGUAACGUCGUAAAGGCCAGCGAGGUCCUCCGCAGGGCCUACCUAUAUGUCGCGCGGAACGAGACCCUGUCCCCGCAAGUGCGGCACCAAGCUCAGCUGCAGCUGAACACAUUCGGGAAGUACACGCGUCCGACGACGGUGAAGAACCGUUGUACAGAAUCUGGACGUGGUCGGGGGAUUAUCAGCGAGUUUGGACUUUGCCGAUACCAGUUCCGACUGAAGGCGCUCAAGCUGGAACUUCCUGGCGUGCGCAAAGCUUCUUGGUAGAUGAAGGCUACACGUGCACAAUAUUUUAUGGUAUGUGCGGUAUACACCACUGCGUCAUGACUUCUUUUGCAAAGUAGAUGUAGCUCGGAAUACAUAUAAUAUAUUACCGCGCGAAGUCUGCGCACGUACAAUUAU